CCAGGAUCUAUGGAGAGAGUUGCUAGUCUUUAGCACACAUUCAGACAUAUUUAGAUAGCUAGAUAGCAAUUGUAGCUAUUAAAGUUAUCGAUAUAACUUGUCAUUCCUACCUGUGCCGAUUUUUUACACGGUCCGGACUGGAGAAAUCUGGCAAUGAGAUUAAGAAGCAGCAGCAAGACAUCAUGGGUUUCCUAACUGUCAACAAGAUUGACUUUGAGGAGUGUGACAUCGUCACUAGUGAAGACAACAGGAAGUGGAUGAGGGAGAACGUACCUGAGGACUUCAGACCAACGACGGGUGUCCCCCUGCCUCCACAGAUAUUUAAUGAAGAACAAUACUGUGGGAACUAUGAGGCCUUCUUUGAUGCCCGUGAGGAGCAUGCAGUGUAUGCCUUUUUGGGCCUAACAGCCCCUCCAGGCUCCAAGGAAGCAGAGGCCUUGGCCAGACAGGAACAACAGUAGCCGUAUGGUUUUGGUUAGCGGACCACAGUGCCCUCUCCUGGCUUCUUCCAGUCAGCUCUACAGCAGCUUGCCAGUGCUCUUCUGGAACACGUCUUCUCAGACCAAUCAUAGAGCUUUAUUUUUUGUGAAAGGUAAUCAGACUGGUAUCCAAUUGACCAACAGAGCAUGGCCAAAUGUUGUGUUGUUUGACAAUGUCUUUAAAGUGGUAACCUUGUACUGUUUCAAUAGUUCAAGCCAAUGCUGGGCAGUAUCCAGUGUUCAAUAUGAUUUUGAAAUCAAGGCGGAAUGAGUUCCCAAAUACUAGGCAUUUAGUAGAUCAUAUAGACAUACUUUGCACAUAUGAGAAUAUUUAAUUCAAUGAGAUAUUUUUCAUGUUUGAUAAUAAAAUAGUGUUACUUUACUAUCUUAUUCUUAA